GCCAUUAAAUAUUUCUCAUUUCACAAUUCUCUUUUAGCCUACGGCGUGCUCGAAUUUGGGGUCAUCACUGAAUUAAAGAAAUAAGUUCCUGAUCAACCAUUUCAUCUAUUAUUUCGCAUUCUCAAUUCUGUAUACAAUGGCUGACCGUAAUCCAAUCAAGUUUGGUCCUGAGUGGCUGCGUAAUCUGCAUGGAGAGGCUAAUAGAAAUAGUCAAUCAACAAGUACGGCUGUGUCAGGCAACCAGCCAGUAUCACCUGCAGGAUCUAACAAUCCACAUCAAGUAACAAGUGCCAUUAAUACAGCUAAUCAAGGUUCACAGAGAGAUACUGCAGCUGGAGGAAAUGUAGGAAAUAGUCCGAGCACUUCAGGCACAAGAACAACUAACCCAGCUCCAAAUAUUCAACUAUCCAGAAUGAGGUAUGGCAGAGAGGAAAUGUUAGCUUUGUGUGACAGAAAUUCGGGGGCACCAGGGCAACUGCAGUCCAACACAGCAUUGUUCCAACCAUCCAGGAAUUCACUAUAUGCACUAGAAGCCCAUGAAGAAGAGGAUCAUAUUUGGGAGUGUGUGAGAAGUGGAGUACCUAUACCCUGGAAUAGGAUUAUGAACAAUACAAGACCUAAUAAUGCUGCCGCAGCUGCUUUUCAUGCAGGAAGAAGGCCACCUUUUUCAAGACAACACACAACAGGGAGAGGGGGGCCAACUACAAGACCUCGUUUACCCAGUUUUAAUGCAGAGGAAGAACAUCCAACAAGAUGGAGUUCCAGCAAUGGAGCUAGUACAAGUAGAACAGUUCCAGCUCACCAAACUGAAUGGUCAAAUUCCAAACUAUUUACAAAGAGAUAUGAUUUUAGACGGCAGCUAAGUUCAAAUUGGAGACUACCAAAUCGAGAUGAAGGUGAUGAAUGGCGUGAGAAUUCUGCUGGCCGGGGCAAUGGACAACACCAACACCAAGAACGAGAAUGGAGUGAAAGACAAAUACAGGAUAGAACACGAAAAUGGUACAGCAAUCGCUAUCGAUCUUGGGGAGGACCUGAUAGUCAACACAAUGACGACCUUCCCGAAUGGGCUACAGACAAUGCUGAAGCGGGUGCCGGAACAUUUGAUUCUACUGGAGCAUUUCAUGGAUAUAGCAAUGAUGAUUCUAAUGUACCCAAACAGGAACCACAGUACCAGUUAGCACGUUCACAAACACAAGGUGCUAUAUCAUCAUCAAAGACAGGCGAGGAAUCUGAUGAAUGGUGGACCUCAGAGAAAGCUAAGAAGUUGUCACCAAGACGAUUUCCUGCUAGAGAUUUAAAGCCAAAGGAGUAUUCUGAGGAAUCAACUGAGAGUCCGAAGGGGCAAGAAAAAGAAAGUGAAGAGAUAAGUGAAGAACAAGCUGAACAAAUCUUGAUUAAGCUGAAUAGUAUGAAAAAAAAGCCAUCAGUUCAGCCAGGCACCUCUGUGUCUGAUAAUGACAAUGACACAAAUCAAAGAAGUGACCGCAAAUCCUUUAAUAUACUGCAAUUAGUAACAAAUACAACUACUGAUGCAGGCAAUGAUGAUAAUAAUUUCCAAUCUGUAAUGCUUAAUCCAAACAAUACUCUUCGGCAAAAACAUCAGAAUAUUGUCACAAAGGAGGUGCAAAAUAAAGGGAGGCCUAUUCUAAAGAUAUAUGAAACAAUUAAUAAUCUCAAGCAGACAAGUGGUGCAAAUGACGCUGUAAGAUCUCAUGAGGAGAAAAUAAUUGAAGAAAUGUUAGAUUUGAAUCUUGAUGAUGACAAUAUUACGUCUAACAUUGCAAGUAUCUCUUUACCAUCUUCCGCUAACGUAGGUUUUCAACAACCAUCUGAAAAUCAAGGGGAGUCAUCAAUUUUAGAUCCAUCAAGAUUACAAAACCCACAAUACGGCAUUAACACUGCACCAGCGAUGACUUCGUCAAUUAAUAACCCUGUUGAAAUGCAACAUUCAGCCUCCAAUCAAAUACAUAGGUUGCCAAUGGGGGCAGGUACGAGCAAUAACAUGAUGCCUGUACAAGGUGGAAUGGGUCAGGUUUUAUCUAAUACACAAAUGGAGGGUUGGCCCUGGUCUCAAAGCUCUAAUGUGGCAGGAGCAUAUGAGCCAAAUGUUGGCUUGUCUCAUAUUGGAAACCCAAAUGUUCCUCUAUUAUUUGCACAAAACCAACAGCAACAAUUGUCAAGUAGUGAAAUGUAUACACCAAAUCAACAAUUAUUCAGCGGUGGUCGUAAUAUGGAUCCAAACUCAAACCGUGCAUUUGGCUCCCUGUACAAUAGUACCUUCUUGCCAAAUGUUAAUCCACCCAGUACACCUGAAUUGUCUGAACUUUGGUACUAUGAAGAUCCGGAGAAAGUGAUACAAGGACCAUUCUCAUCGGUUGAUAUGUAUGGUUGGUACCGAGCGGGAUUCUUCAGUCCAUCCCUGAUGGUUCGCAGGGCUUGUGAUACUCAUAUGCGGCGUCUUGGUUCUUACGGCCCAUUCGUGCCUUUUAUAAGAAUGGAUUUGCCAUAUGCUUGUAUGGUUCAACCUGGUAAUGACUUUGUAAACAAUCAAACCAACCAAGGAAUUGCUAGCUCUCUCUGGGGUCAGACUAAUCCGCAGGAUCGUUUGUGGUCAUCGCCAGAAUACACCAAUAAUAAUAACAGAUCAACUGCCGACUUUGCCACAAUCUUCAAUGACCUGCCUCCAUCGGCAAAUGCUUCAAAUUCUCUCUUAUCCCAGGGGAUUACAAAAGAUAAUAUGUUAACUGAGGAUGAGAUUCUAGCACAACUGAGAGCUUCUAUGGCAAUUCCCACGCAACAACCGUUCGUAAGUAAUGCUAUGCCGAUGACAUCUGAAAGAGUUACAAAUAAUAAUGACGUAAUUGCACAAGUAGCACCAGCAGCCCCUGAUCUCGACGAACUCCAAAAACUGUUGCCUCCGAUGACAUCCACUUUGCCGGAAGUGAAAGAAAAAGAGAUACUCGAAACAGAAAUGAAGAAGGAACGUGUUAAAACCGAUGUAAACGUUGAAAGUGAUAAUAGCAUGGACAGCCAGCGCAUAGAAGUGAGCAACACACAGGCCAAAGUAGCAGAAUCAAAGGUUGAGACAAAAGUAAAAGCGGCUAAAAUUGAAAAUGACAAGGUGGCCAAGCAUAAAGAAAAUAAUACAACUACUAAGAGUAAAGCUAAGAAGACAAAGGAAGAAAAGAAGGAAGAAACUACUGAAGUUAAGAUAAAGGAGGAAGGGAACAAGCGUGAGAAAUCAUCAUCCGGCGUUUCAUCAAAAUCGAAGAAAGAGGAAAAGCAAUCUAAAAAAGAUGCUGAGAUGGAGAAGAAGGAAUUAAUCAAAGAUGGCUUCACAAUCGUAAAAGGUGCAGAAAAGAAUAACAACAAAGAAAAUAAAAAGAAAUUAGAAGAGAUUAAGGCGGCCGAGGAAAACGAACGUAAAAGGAAAGAAGAUUUAAAAAUUGCGGAGGAAGAAGAAGAAAAGAAAAAGAUGGAAUUAGGAAAGAGUCAACAGGUAAUUGAGGAACACCAUCACCAAAAGCUGUUGGCUGCUGAAUCGGUGAUGAAGAAGGCGCCUUGGUCGGCCGUCGUUCAUGCCACGUCUGUUUCAAAGGAUGGGAUGAUGACGUUAACUGAAAUACAGAAAUUGGAGCGAGAAAAGAAGAUGGAACAAAUGAAAGAGCAACAACACAUGAUGCAUUUGAUUGCGCAACAACAGGCUGCUGCCGUGGCAAGAGAAGAGGAAUUGCAAGCCAGUUUUGGUUGGGGAAAGAUAAAAAAUAGCGCAAGUCCACCAGGCAACAAUCUUGCUGAAAUUCAGGCGGAGGCUCGUCGUCAAGCAGCUAAUGUGGCGGAGGCGAGUCGACAACCAGCUAGUACGAUGGAAACCCGUCGGCAACCAGCCAGUGUGACGGAAACUCGGCGGCAACCUUCUAGUACGACGGACACACGUCGACAAACAGCUGGUGCGACGGAGACUCGUCGGCAACCAGCUAGUGCGAUAGAGAAUCGACGCCAGACAUCAACCACUGGAAUCACGCAGCCGAAAGAGGAAGCGCGGGCCAAGACACCAACGCCCAACAACGUAGCGUGGGGAAAUAACGCCAAUGGUGGUUUCUGGACCCAGCAGUCAACUCAACUGCCAAAAUCGGAGCCGCCGAAAAUAGAACUGCCAAAAGCGGAACCGAUCAAAGCACCCGACGUGACUAAAGUAACUGAGUCGAAAGUAGAUAAGGGCAAAAAGAAGUUUACAGUCGUCACGAGUACAAAGCAGAAGGAAAAGACGCCGGCCGUCGAGUUUGAGACGUGGUGUACUAAUGCGCUAUCCUCUUGGAGCUCUAAGAUUGAUGUAAAAACCUUCGUUACAUUUCUUAAGGACAUUGAAUCCCCAUACGAAGUUAAAGAUUAUGUUAAGUGCUAUUUAGGUGAAUCGAAGGACACAAGUGAUUUUGCUCGACAGUUCUUGGAGAAAAGAUCUAAAUUACUACGCGCUAGUACUGUGACUCCGUCGGACGAUUUGUGCUCCCCAGCAAUUGCCAUCAACCCACGAAGCUCAUCUGUGGACUUUCAAGAGGGUAAAGGAAAGAAGGCUAAAAAGAAUAAGAUGACCAAAGUUGAUGCGCGGAUCCUUGGGUUCUCGGUGACAGCUGCUGAGGAUAGGAUCAACGUGGGUGACAUCGACACCGCCUGAUCUAAACGGUAUCGCCGUUUUAAGUAUUAUCACGCAACGGUGAAACCAAAAUGAACUUAUUUAUUUAUAGUUUGUACGAUCGAACUGGUUGGGUCGCUUCCUCUAUUCAUCUUUUUUCUAGAUUAUUUUGUGUAUUUUUUUCGAAAUUAUUUGUUGAACGAUUUUUUACAUAAAGAAAUAUAUCAUUUAUUAAUUAAGGUCCAUGCCUUUUAUGCCUUAUCAGUUUUUUCCUAUUUAUUUAUUAUUUGAUUUAUUCAUACCUUAAGCCACAUCUCUGGUGCCAUAAAAAGUUUGUUGUAAAUGCAAUGAGCCAUAGCCUAGGAAAGUACAAGUUCGCAUAUCAAUUUCAAAUUCUAUACAGUUCUUAAAUUUGGAUUUAAUUGGUUGAUAUUUUUAUGUUUUUAUUCAAAAGUGCACAUAAAUAACUUAUUUUUAUUUUUUUUUAACACCGGACUCACGCCUACCACUCUUGGGUGCAUAUAAAAUGACGUCAUAGCUCAAACAAACAAGCGGGAGAUUGGUUGAAAAUUCAACAUUUAUUGGCCAUUCGAAUUGACUUUUACCAAUACUGUCGCUUGCUAUUCAAAUACAUUUUAAUUAAUAAAGUAUCGCUCAAAAUAAAAUUAUGAUUAAAAAUAUUGAAGUAGUAGGCUCACUAACUUCUCACCUUAAUAAAUUUUAUUCAAAAAAUACUAACUCUUAUUACUUAUUACAUAAUUUACAUAUAUUAUACUCUAUUCAAAUUAUAGUCCAAAAUAGGUGUUAAAUGUGCGACUCAUCCGUUUCGAUCGUUGUUAUUGUGUUAUAUGUGUAUUAGACUACUUUUUUUAAAUAAAUGCAUUCUGUAGUAUGUUGUGUGUAUGAAAUUAAUGCGAUUUUCCAACACCUGAUGUGAUGGUAUCCAUCCGUGUUGGAUAAACUGCAUUAACUAUUGAAAUUGAAUGGCUGUCAAUUAUUGUAAAUGUGAUUUGACCAAACUCCUACAUUGUUACAAAAACUGUUUGGUAACAUCACAAUACACAAUAAACAUUUAAUUGGUGCGAGCUGGCAAAUAAGUGAUUGCAGAUGUUUGAUAGAAGUAUAAUUUUUUCAAACCAAGUAUUGUUGAUGAACUAAGUGCCACCACCUUAGCUUUCAAAUUUCCAAAAUUUUUUUUUGCUAUUUGAUGAAUACUUUGUAAUCUUUAUUUUCCUAGUUUUCUACACUUUUUCUUACCUUAAUUGCUUCCUAUAAUCAAGGUGAAAUACAUAAGUUAGGAAGGCGUUUAGCAGUUCAGUAAAAAAAUAAAUCUUUCAUCAUCUCUCGUGGUGCUGCUUUGAAAACAUUGACAAACAUUAAGUUACAAAACCCUGCAAUUACUUAUUUUUUUAUAUAUAAGAGGGGACAAUUGGGCAAGAGGUUCCCGGGAUGGGGAGAGGUUAGGUAACAGCCAAGCAGGUGUCAAGAGAUGCGUUGCCGGCCUUGUAAGUCCCUGAGUCGUAUAGGUUCGGGAAAUACGCAGCCGGUAAUAAAUUCCACAAAGUUGCUGUGCGAGACAAGAAAUUAUCCGGAUACCUCACUCACCGGACGAAACACAGCGGUAAAGCCGCCAUUUCACGCCGGUUAUAAGUGGGGGAGUGGUAUCUCUCUGGGCGUGCCAGCCUAAUUCAGUUGUGUCCUAACACCUCCUAAAUGCUUAAAUUAAAAACUUGUCAGCUCAAUGCGCAUAACUCAGCCGCUUUUAAAAGGAAAUGUAUGUCGAUGUUGCUAAAAGUUUAUAAAUGGGUAUAACGAGGGUUCCUAAGAUGCUACACCUUUUUUAAGGUUUCAUGAUAUUUCGUUCUGAAAACAAUAGUAACAUGAUUUGACUAUUGAUUAUAAAAAAGAAGUAGUUACUUGAGAACCAAACUAUGUUCUUACCCCACUUAUAUGGAGGGGGUUUCCUGUAGAAAUAAAUUAAAAUCGCAAUUAGAUUUCAGCCAUACAAUUUCGAUUAAACAGCUAAUAAAUUGGCAAACUGUAUUAUUUAAUAUUCUAUUGUAUAAUAAAUUCAAAAUAUAUAUUAAUUCACCUUUAUUAUCUUAAAUGUGGUUAUGCUGUUUGACAGUGCUUUAUUUAGAAUUUAUUUUUGAGUUUGAAAGGGCAUAAUAGUGCCUUAUAAAUAAUAUUUGUAAAGGUAUCAAUGAAUUCAAAUUGGGCAAUUUUGAAAUAGUAUAAUUUAUUCGGUAAGUGUUAGCUACCUAUCCUAAGUGAAAAGCAAUAGUUUUAUUGUGAUCAAAUAUUUGCUGUAUUACUUAUAAUUAAAAUUUCCCAAUUUGACCAUAAUAUGUAUUGCGUUGUAUUUUUGCUUUUCCUUUUUUUUUAAUUUACCUUAUUCUUGACUAUUAAGGUCUUGAAAAUAACUUGCCAUAACAUCAUACAUAAUGAAGUGAGUGCUGUGUGAUAUGAAGUUCGAAUAACUAAUGUGUUGAAGUAAACAUUCUCUCGUUCAUCUGGUUGGUUUUGUCGGGAUGUUACAUCUAUCGUCUGUAGAGUAUCCGCUAGGUAAUUUAAUUUGAGAUGCAAGUGAACAUUAAUUUUUAUAUUAUUUUAAAUUUUAACAUCUUUGUAUUCCAUUUUGUAAUAUCGAAAUCGAUUUUAACUGUCCAAUAUUAGAUAUAUCAUAGGCAUUUUUACUAUAAUUAGUUAUGUACAUUAAUGUUUGUAAAUUGUAUAAUCGUUUGUAAAUUAAUUAAUGUAAUUUUUGAGGAAUUUUAAAUGUAUUUAGUGAAUUUGUAAAGAUGAGUGUGCUCCCAUUGAUAAAGGCUUUGUAUCUUGACAAUGCAAUUCAUGAAUCUAAUUAAUUUUAUAACCUUACAAUCUCGUGCGUUAACACUGCGAUUCUUUCGGUGGAUGGAAGGUACUGGAGCACAAGCUUUAUAAAUACAAAUACGCGCUGUGAAUGCUUGCAGUGUCACGAACGAAUUCGUAAGUUGAACGUCUUUUGAAUGUGCUCAAAUAACAUAUAUUUAAUAAAAUAAUCACUUGCAGAGUGGCAUUCUAUGUAAUUAUAGUUAUAGAUGUAUGAAAUAGCUUUAAAAUUUCUCCAUAAUAUUAAAGUGAUAACAAAUGUAUGUAUGUAGCUUAUAAUCCUUGUUGUAUAUGUAUGGAUUAUUGUAUAUUUGGUAUACAAUAAUUCGAUUUACAUUGAAGUAACAUUCUUAAUAACUAAUACUAAACGGCCUUUUAAUGUAUAGUUUUGCGAUAAUCGUUUCAUAGGCAACAUUGACAACUGUAUCACGAGCACAACAGGUUUCAAUACAGAACACACGAAGUGACAUGAAGUGUAUCACUGACCUGUAUAAAUACCACUGGACAGGCUGUUCCAUAUGUUUGACAGCAAAUUUUUGUGCCUAUUUGAAGCACCACUCGCAUGCGUCCAGAGAACUAAUUUUGACGUUACAAAUGGCUGCGAAGGAACGUUUCAAUACUCUGAAGUAUUUUUGCCUAUUUUUAAUUAAUUUCGUUCGUUUUCCGUGUUAUUUAUACUUCAAGAAUCAACGUAGUAAAGUUCACAUUUUUUUUUGUAAAUAGUUUCCCGCCAUCUAUCCAUGUUUGCUGAGGUUGUCAUCGGUAGUUUUAGUACCGCAGACUCUCGCUAAUGGCCAACAGCGACAAAAUGGCGAAUAUCAAACAGGUACAUAAGCACUUUGUCAGCCGCCAGUCCAGUGGUAUAUAGUAGAGGUCAGUAGUCUAUAUUUUAUUUUAAGGUUCAUCGAACACAUUUAGUAUUUGAUACGGUUGUUAUUUCAUAUUCAUUUCUAUUAUUAUUAUUAUCUCUCCAUUUAUAUAUACACAAUGUAUAAAAAGUAAAUUGCAUUGCUGGUGACAAACACUAAUUCACACACAUGAUAUAUUAAUAGUUAAUUUUCCAUUAAUACACACCACAUGCAAAAAAUAUUUCAUGAGUUAAUUGGUUAAUAAAUUAAUAUUCUUUACUUCAUUAACACCAAGUGCGUAUAAAUUGAUACGAGCAAUUGUUUAGCAUCAAAAUCACAAUCGCACAGGUGAUAUUAAAAUUAUUUUUCCAUUCAUACACACAACAUACAUAAAAAGUAUUUAGCAAUUAUUCAGAAUGAGGCAUUGCCGGGAUAAAGGGUCCACAUUGUUAUUUUUUUACAUGUUUACAGUGCAAAGAGUAUCGAAAUUUUAAAUGUGUUAAUUAAUCUAAAAACCAACAUUGUAAUGAAAUAAACGGAUUCCUUGUACUGUGGCACACUCAACUUAGUUAUAAAUCCUUUAUCAUAACUAUUUUAACUGAACUUAACCUUUAAAAGCUAAGUGUUUAUUUUAUAAAUGAUUUGUUUUAAAAUCGUUAUAUCUAUGUUAACCACUUAAAAAAUAUAGUUACGUAACGAUGGUUGGAAUAAAUUUUAAGAUGAAGUGAUGAUAUGUACUGUAAUGUUGCUAUAGUGUGUGACCGGUGGUUCUAUUUAAGAUUAAAAGUUACUUUUCAAUAAAAUAAAUUAAAUUUUU